CAAUGCGUGUAUUAGAUAAUCGAAGCUGUGCUGAUAUGUAUAAGAUAAAAUAUGGAAUCAAUAUUCAGGAAGGCCAUGUGUGUGCCGGAAGUCCCUCCGGAAGUGUGGAAAGGAGUACAGGCGCAUGCGUGGGGGACAGUGGAGGACCUUUGCAGUGUAAUAUGAAGGAUGGAUUAUGGUAUAUGGUUGGACUGACCAGCUUCGGGUCAGGUUGUGCUAAACCUGGAUUCCCUGAUGUUUUUAUGCGAAUAUCUCAUUACAAGAGAUGGAUUGAAGAGAUUAUUGAACAGUAUAAACUGGAUUAGUCUCCAAGCUGAAAACUUUAUAAUUGUGGAUAUCGAGAUCAAUGCUUGAUCUCCUCUUUUAUUAAUCUGAAGACUAAUUUGAUCGUAUGUUAAUAUCCGGGAAAUGGUCUAAACUGCAAUCAAUCCGGUAUCAAUUGUGGAACCCGAACAGCCAAUCAGCAGCAGAAAAAUUUCAAAAUUUUGGCGCGCAAUAAAUGAUUCGGAGGAAGCAGGAAAAUCCAAAGUGUCGACAGUGGAUACAGAUAUUUAGCAAUCAGAAUUAGGGGUAUCCAAUACAAGACUUUUCAGCUCUUCACACUUAAACUAAUAUUUCUACUCGGGGUUAUGCAGGCAGUAAAUGCUUGUGGAAACUAGAGGAAAUCGUCUGAGCCUAGAUAGAGACAGAUACUUAUAUUUCUUAACUAACAAAAACCUGUGAAAAAAGACU